AUGAACUUCUUCAAGUCCCGGUCCCGCGGGCCGAGCGACGUCGUCCGCUCGCUGAAGGACGCUGUCGCUCGAGUAGAUGGCACUCCUGCGGGGAGCGAUGGAAGGCGGAGGGCGAGCGAGGAUGUUAGCAAGUGGUUGGGAGCGAUGAAGGGGAUCCUUAUCGGUGCUGAUGGUGAGCCCUCACCUGAACUCGUCGCUCAGCUCGCGCAAGAAGUCUAUUCCUCCGAUCUCCUCCUCUCUCUCGUCACCAGCAUAGCGAAGUUCGACUUCGAAGCGCGCAAAGACGUUGCCCAGAUCUUCAACAACCUCUUGCGCCGGCAGAUCGGCAGUCGCUGGCCAACGGUAGACUAUCUCAGCUCAAGGCAGGAUGUCGUGUUUGCUACGCUGGAAGGGUACGAGAACGAGAGUAUCGCCCUGAACACGGGGAUGAUCUUGAAGGAGAUGCUCCGACACGAGCCGCUCACCAAGGUGCUGCUCUAUUCUGACCAGUUCUACCAAUUCCCACACUACAUUGAGAACACGACUUUUGGCGUGUCGUGCGACGCGUUCGCAAACUUCAAGGAUACACUCACGCGGCACAAACAGAUGGUUGCCGAGUACCUUGAGCAGAACUAUGAUCGCUUCUUCCUCACCUACGCCGCUCUCAUCGCCUCCUCCAACUAUGUUACCAAGCGCCAGUCGCUCAAGCUGCUGGGCGAGAUCCUCCUCGACCGCGCAAACUUCAACGUCAUGACGCGGUACAUCGGGAGCGAGCAGAACCUGAAGACGAUGAUGAACCUUCUCCGGGACAAGAGCAAGAACAUCCAAUUCGAAGCGUUCCAUGUGUUCAAGGUGUUUGUGGCCAACCCGAGGAAACCUACUCAGAUAGAAAAUAUCCUCCGACGAAACAAGAAUAAGCUCCUAGCCUUCCUCAACGACUUCCAUUGUGAUAGGGAUGACGAGCAGUUCACGGACGAGAAGCAGUUCUUGAUCACCCAGAUUCAGGGCCUCUGA